CUCCUCUCUACCGGACGGCGUUCGCGUCGAGAUUCAAAGCCCCUCUCUGCCCUCUUUUCCUCUCUCCCCCGUCCCCUCUUCUCCUCCGCCGCCGUCCGCCGGCCAUGCCGACCUAGGGUUCCGCAUCCAAGCUCCGCUGCCGCGCCUGCGAUGUCCGUUCUCCCGACCGUCUCCCUGUCCGCCGUGAUUGCCCGACUCCGCCAGCGCCUCGACCACCACCUCCUCCCCUCCAAGCGCAAGCUUGAUGACUAUGGCCUCGAAUCCGACUCCAACUCCGACUCCGGCGAUCCCUCGCGCCACCUCGUGAGCAUGCUCACGCCCGAUCCUUUCUCCCCCUCCUCCUCGGCCGCCCCCUUCCCCCCUCUCGCCGAUGCCGCUUCUAGGGUUUUCCCAUCAUCCUCCUCCUCCCCCUCCCCCUCCUCCACCCUCCAUUUCUUCGUCCGCACCAUGUCCAAAACCCGAGUCAUCCACGCCAGCCCCUUCGACACCGUCGACUCGGUCAUCGACCAGAUCCGGACGAUCACCGGCAUCACGACGUGGGAGCAGCGCCUGAUCUACGCCGGCCGGCAGCUCCCCGGCGACUGCACGCUCGCCGAAUGCUCGCUUGAGAACGACUGCUGCCUCCAUCUCACGGGGCGGCUGCGGAGCACGCGGUUCCCCCGGACCUGGCAGGUGGUCAACGACCUCGUCUCCUCCGUCUCUGCUCUCAUCGAGAGCGGCUGCUACGCUGACAGGUUACGUGCUAUGAGAGAAAAUUCAAAUAUUGAUGAACUUGUCAAGGAGUUCCUCAUCAUCCUAGCCAAAACGGCUAGCGAGAGCGACGAAGUUACCUGGGGCCACCUCCGGGUCUUUCUCGUGGCCGGCGCCCCGAUGGUGCUCAUCAAGCUGUACCUUUCCGCAGUCCGUGAGGACCGCACUCUCGCAGAGAGGGCCAUUCAGCUCUUCCUGAGGCCGAACUCUGAGCUUCUUCCAAAGUCCGUUCAGGUGCGGUGCGCCCCGAUCAUGCUGGAGUUCUGUAAAUUGCUGGCCGGGACGGUGGGGAAGAAGGACCAGCUUUAUUUAUCGUGCCGCAGUGCAUAUGCCAUGCUGUUGGAGGCGCUGGACUGGAGGCGUGUCAGCCAGUUGAAGUCGGUGGCGAGUGUGAUAGUGGAGCUGUUCCCCUUUGUCAGUGAGAUGGCUGGUACACUGAUGGAAGGGCUGUCAUCGGAGUCAAUGAUGGUUUCAACCGCUGAUCUUAAUGAGUUCGCUAAGUUCUCAUGUGCCUUAAGAGGGGCAAUUCAGGACUGGAUGGGUGAGAAUUGUCCAAUUCCAGAACUGUUAUAUAAUGGCACGCAGCCUCAGCGUGAGGAUUGGAUCGGGUCUUUACAUGAUAUAUAUGCAGAUCUCCUGAAGAAGGUCGAUCAGUGUCUUAAGAAGGUGGAGGGCUUCCUGGAGAAGAAAGGGUCAGUGCAGAGCGAGAUCCGUUGGGCCGGGUGGUCUCAUAUCCUUGCCAUUCUAACGGAAUUGAAUUGUUUUUCUAACAUCUAUGAAGGCGCAGGGCAGUUGCUUCAUUCUGUUCUGCUGGCUCGGCGGUGUCCUCUGAAUGCUCUCAUCAGACGUGCAAAGAGAAGUGAAAACCUUCGCUGGCUUCUGAAGCAUAAGGAUGUAACAGAUUUUGAGGCGAGGCAGAAUUUGGUACUGAUGAUGUUUCCUGAUGGAAAGGAUGACUAUGAUGAGCUGCACGAGAUGCUUAUAGACAGGUCACAACUGCUGGCCGAGUCUUUUGAGUACAUAGGCCAGGCUGAUGCAACUGCAUUGCAUGGUAGACUUUUCAUGGAGUUUAAAAAUGAGGUAGCCACAGGCCCUGGUGUUCUAAGGGAGUGGUUUUGUCUGGUAUGCCAAGCAAUCUUCAGUCCGCAAAAUGUCCUGUUCUUGUCGUGUGCAAAUGACCGCCGGAGAGUCUUUCCGAAUCCUGCAUCUGCUGUGGAUCCUUUGCACCUGAAGUACUUUGGCUUCUGUGGACGAGUGAUUGCACUAGCUUUAAUGCAUAGAGUGCAAGUAGGCGUUGUUUUUGAUCGUGUGUUCUUCUUGCAACUAGCUGGGAAAGGUCUUACAUUAGAAGAUAUUCAGAAUGCAGAUCCAUGCUUAUAUAUGAGCUGCAAAAAAAUUUUGGAGAUGGAUGCUGAGCUUUUGGAUUCAGAUGUAUUAGGGCUAACUUUUUUCAGAGAAUAUGAAGAAUUAGGGACUCAUAGGGUUGUUGAACUCUGUCCGGGAGGAAAGGAAAUUGCUGUAAAUAGCCAGAAUAAAGAGGAAUACAUCAACCUUCUAAUUGAGCAUUGCUUUGUUACAUCCAUUUCUGAACAAAUAUCUCAUUUUGCUCAGGGAUUUAGCGAUAUACUUGCUAAUUCAAACGAACAGAAGUUUAUCUUUCAAAGUCUGGACCUCGAAGAUUUUGAUCGAAUGCUAGGUGGAAGUGAUAGUGUCAUUAACGUGAGGGAAUGGAAGGCGCAUACUGAGUACAAUGGCUACAAGGCAAGAGAUCGUCAAAUAUGUUGGUUUUGGAAGAUUGUUGAGGGUAUGCCUGCUGAGCAGCAGAGGGUGCUUCUUUUCUUCUGGACAUCUGUGAAAUACUUGCCUGUUGAUGGUUUUGGUGGUCUGGGUUCCAAACUGUACAUAUAUAAGGCUUCUGAGUCUCAAGACCGCCUACCUGCGUCUCAUACAUGCUUCUACCGCCUGUGCCUCCCCGUUUACAACUCCAUAUCCAUCAUGCGUAGUCGGCUACAUAUGAUCACUCAAGAGCAUAUUAGUUGCACAUUUGGUAUAUGGUAGCUAUCAGUGGACAGAGAAUGGCCAUGUCUGUAUAGUUGCAAGCAUAUCAAUAUCUAUCCUAGGGUUGCAGAGCAGCCAUAUAUAAGGUGUCCAGCUCAACUUGUUAAUAUGUGUAGUAAAUAGAAGGGUUGGGUUCUCUUCAGGAGGUCUAUCUAAUGUGAAAAUAUAAAGGAUUAAAAUUUCAUUUUUCCUUUCGGAACUCUCUUUAAUAAUCUCAAUGUGCUGCAAAUACCAACAGGGGGAAAAAAGAAGGUACUUUGGGUUUGCAUUCUUUUCAUGA